GUCAGGGACCUGGACGGUCAGAACACGUCCUCUGCGUCACACGUGCCGACUGGGAGGAAACCGGAAGUAAGAUGGCGGCGCUCAUGUGGAGGACAGGCUGUGCUCAGCGUCAAUUAAGCCGGUAAGAGAGCGUUAAUACAUAGGAUUGCGGGGCGGGGGUACGGGCAUGACACCGGUAAGGGCCCCGGGCCCCAUAUUAUAAAUUCUGUGAUGCUCAGAGACUGGGAGCCCAGUGUGCUGUCUGUAUCCUCCGUGUCAGCCCGGUGUGCGGUCAGAGCGUUGCCGCUGGUUACUGCGGGCUCUGGGGAAAGAGUGCAGACAGGACUCACUGGACCACAGAGGAAUGCAUCCACCCUGGAAGAAAAAAAGAGUCAGGGGAAAAAAUAAAAACAUAAAAUAUCACGUGAAUAAAUAAAACAUGCUCCUUUCACUCCCCAGAUGUUACAGCCUCUAUCACACACCACUAAGGCAGACAUACACUCACUCACACAUUAUUAUAUGUUUUAAAGGGACACUAUAGGCACCCAGACCACUUCAGCUCAUUGAAGUGGUCUUGGUGCAAACUCCCAUCACUCUUGACCCUGAGCAUGUAAUUAUUGCAGUUUUUAUAAACUGCAAUAAUUACCUCUGAGGAUUAACUCCUCCUUUAGUGGCUGUCUACCAGACAUCCACUGGAGGGACUUCCGGAAUUGAAACGGACCCUUGGUCCUUUAUCUGACGCUGGACGUCCUCACGCUCUGCAUGAGGACUUCCAGCAUCAGAUUUUUCCCUAUAGGACAGCAUUAAAUAAUGCUUUCCUAUGGGGAUAUCCUAAUGCGAGCGCAGCCUUUGGCACACAUGCACAUUAGGUCUCCUCAGCCGGUGGACAUCUGCGGGGGCGGAGUGUGGGCAGAGCUGAGUCAGCGCUGAGGAACAUCGGCAUUAGGAUAUCCCCAUAGGAAAGCAUUAUUUAAUGCUGUCCUAUUGGGAAAAAUCUGAUGCUGGAAGUCCUCAUGCAGAGCGUGAGGACGUCCAGCGUCAGAUAAAGGACCAAAGGCCCGUUUCAAUUCCGGAAGUCCCUCCAGUGGAUGUCUGGUAGACAGCCACUAAAGGAGGAGUUAACCCUUUAGAGGUAAUUAUUGCAGUUUAUAAAAACUGCAAUAAUUACAUGCUCAGGAUCAAGAGUGAUGGGAGUUUGCACCAAGACCACUUCAAUGAGCUGAAGUGGUCUGGGUGCGCAUAGUGUCCCUUUAAAACGUAUAAUAAUUUGUGAGUGUAUGUCUGCCUUUGUGGUGUGACAUCUGGGCAGUGAAAGGAGCAUGUUUUAUUUAUUCACGUGCUAUUUUAUGUUUUUAUUUUUUCCCCUGACUCUUUUUUUUUUUUCUUCCAGGGAGAUGCAUUCCUUGGUGGUCCAGUGAGUCCUGUUUGCACUCUGCUGGCUGCCCAGGCUCUUUUCCCAAAGCCCGGCAGAGUGCAGUAUCUGAGUGUUGCCAUAGUAACCAGUGGCAAUGCUCUGACAGAACACCGGAUGGUUGCUUUUGAUGUCUUUCUCUAACACUGCCUACAUUUGAAGGAGUAAUUAGUAAUAUUUUCUGUUUUACUUUUAGGCUCUUUGUGUGUGGAAAUUUCCCCUUGAGUAGUGUUCCCGUGAGAGUUCUGCAUACAAGUAAGUAUUUACACGAGGCUGGUUAUAUGAUAGAUUUUCUUUUUAUUUUCAGGUCAUUGAUGGCCAAAAGGUAAAUCCAGAUGUUGUACAUUUGCCUUUAGAAUGGUUAAGCAUUGUAUGAGUUGUAGUUCUAACUAUUGGCCAUCACUAUUGUUGGACGUGUCCAUUUAACAUAAGUGCUGGACAGGUGCACUCAAUCUAAUACAAACAUUUGAUAGAUCGUCUGAUCAUAUGUUUCUUGUGCAUAGCUUGGAAUAUGACUAGAAGAAGAAGUGUGUGUAUUUAAGAGUUGGAAUGGUAAAAAUAAAUAUAUAUCAAAAGCUGUUAAAGGAACUCUCCUAGCACCAUAACUACUACAGAGCACCACUAGCCGUCUCCACUACUGGUCAGUUACACCCGACCAGAAACUCUCUUCACUGAGCUCAGCCCAGUGGUGGAGGACUUAGUUUAUUAGCUAUGAGUGGUUAGUUGACGCUUUUAGCAAAUGAGCUAGCCUUGCACUCUGGGACUUAGCUCACGAAAUCUAACAGUUUAAAAACAGAAAUAAUACAUAAUCUAAUAAUCUGAAAGAGCUCUUCAAUACUUUUUCAAAUAUGACAGAAGUGCAAAUUUGGAACUUUGUAAGUACUGAAGACAUGGACCUGCAAUUUUGCAUAGCCUCAUACUUGAGGUGGCCCUUUCAUUAUGCCAAAUUAAAUAAACAAAAACAAUUUAUUCAAAGAAUGUGAGCUGGAUGACCUAGUUGAUUUGACAAGGAAUGGCCCUGAACUGGAAACAUAGCUGGAUAUUGUUUUCUAGUUCUGCUCUUUUGAACUUUAAUGUGAAAUUGAUUUUGAAUUCUCACGUUACUGAAUAACCAUGUGAGUUAAAUAGUGGAUGUGUGAGCUGGUCAUUGGACAAAAAUAGUUGGGUAAUGUUAAAAUUUAAUUGCUAGAACAAAUGCAUUGGUUGCUGUAAAUAUUUUUAUAAAGAAUAAUAUGAUCAUUUCCUUGAACAGCAUAAGGUAUGUAUGUUAAAUGAGCACUCAAAGCACCAUAGCCAAUACAGUGGUUUUGGUACCAAGAGUGCCCUGGACCUCCGGCUCUGAAAUGUACGCUAGUAGCAUCUGUUAGCUCUCCUGAGUUAAGCUCUGUAAAGCUGUAGUUUUGUCUUCUGUAGUGUUUUUUUGUCUGCUGUGUUAAUUUAAUUUAUCUGUAUGUUGUAACUUUAUUUCUGACUUCUUAAUUUGAGACUUAAUUUUGUUUCAUAUUUUUUUUUUUUAAUACAUAACAAUGUAUAGAAUAUACAGGGUUAUUCACUUUAAACUGAUGGGAGUUCAAAGUGCAUUUUAAAGGAACAUUAUAGUGUUAGGAAUACAAACUUGUAUCACGGAAGUUAAAAGAAUACUCUAAGUAUUGGCUCGCUCUCGUGGUUCUGGUGUUAGAAGUCCCCUGGCACAGUCUGAUGAUAAACUGUCAAAUCCUUCGUGAACAGUUUAACAUUUGGCCCAGCUUUCGGUCUGACCAGAUAUCUAAGGACCAUUAUCUAAAGAGCUCUUACCAACUUAUGCCAUUUGUUUUAUGUUUAGAGUGUACCUUUAACAAUGUUAAGGGGGGUUAUUUAGUUGUAGCCAGAGAAUAAAUUAUGUGCCUUUCCCCUGUACCCAUGUACAUAAAAAUACAAAGCGAGUGUAGUUAUGCGUUGCCAUUCUAAUAGAUAGUUGGAGGCUUGUGUAAUAAUUGCAAUUUAAUGUAUUUUUAUUUACUUUUUUCUAGUCAAAAUAUUGACACAUUUUUGUAACAAAUCUAUCUAUUGAUGCUGUUAGCUUUAAUUAUUUGCUACCCGCAGCUAUGAUGUAUUUUCAAUUAUUUUAUACAGAUGGAAGGAGGAAAUUACAUGCCGCCUCUACCAGCAUGGUUGCCAAAAUUCGACCGCUCUAUGUCCUACUGGGAACAGGUGGGGGAUAUGCAGCUUUCAGACAGUAUGAGAACUAUAAAGACCAUCACCAGGAGAAAUUGGGCUUAGAAGUGCAACGGAAAGUGGCUUAUACCUGGGAGGUAGGAAAAGCAUGUUCUAUUUUCUGUAUAUCCAACAAAUGAUCUGUUCUCAGAAAUGCUAUUUGCACAGUGUUUUGUGAGCUCACUCAGUCUUGCAUUAGUGAAAACCAAUCGUGGUAUUUUGUUAAGAUAAUUCUAAUAUAUUGAAGGACUUUAAAUUACUUUGUCUCAUUAAAGCUGUUCGAGAACUUGAGCAAAGUAUUUUAGCAAUGCGUUAAGGGCAUUAUUUAUCAAGUCAAUAUUAUGCAAUAUCAGGAAAAUGCUAACUGUGGAGCAGUCCUUAAAAAUAAUAAAACAAAUGUAGCUGCUAAUUGUUCCACAUUAGACUGUUUUACCUAGUAUUGCUCCAAAUGUCUUUGAAAACAUGGCCAUCAUGAUUCAGUGCCAAUAUAGUUUUAUGUGUUUUCUCAGGAGGUGGUAAAGAUUCCUAUCUUAAUGUGACAGUCCCCCUCCUUUCCACAUAGCAACCUUCUUGUAUUUUGAAAGAACACUCCCAAGUUCGAUAAUCAGUACAGCCAUUUGUAGUGGUUAUGGUACAAGGAAAGCCCUGGUGUCUUCCUAGAGUAAAUAGUUAAACCCUGGUUAGUCUUGAAACCGUUAUUAAGAAUUAGUUGAUGUCCUCUGGGAAGGCAGCAGGGCGCUCCUAGCACCAUAACCUCUACAGCACCCCUGAAAGUAAACAUGUAUAGAGUAUUGUAUCAAACAUUGCAUAUCAGAAAUGCUUUAUGAACAUAUAAAAUCACAUUCUAAGAAUAAAUCAGAACUGCUACGAACAUUUGUGGUAGAAGUUGUUCCUAUUUUAAUAAGACAAGCUGUGCUUUCAUUGAGUGUCAGAAAUUAGAGUUUGGAUGCCUUGUGUCUACCAAGUGUGUUUUUUAUUAUUUCAGUGAUUGGAUGUUGGUGUGACAAGCUAAUUAUGAUUUCACUUAAUGAUUCUUGGCCAUACAGAGAAAUGUUGGCCUUGUCUGGCUAUUUUUCUAGUGCAGAGAUUCUUAAAUAAACACCAUCGGGUUAGGAACUCAAGCAUGUAUUCCUGACCCUAUAGUGUUAAAACCACCAUGCACCCCCCCUUUGCUUCCCAAAUAUAGUAAAAUCUUGUAUUCAAGUCUGCAGCUGCUGCCUCUGCCCCUGAUCUGCCUGUUUGGCUGACAUAAUCAGAAGUAGUGGUCUGAGCCAAUCACAAUGCUUCCACAUAGGAUUGGCUGAGACUGUCAAGGAGGCAGAGCCAGCAUGAUUCAAACACAGCCCUGGCCAAUCAGCAUCUUCUCAUAGAGAUGCAUUGAAUCAAUGCAUCUCUAUGAGGAAUGUUCAAUGUCUCCAUGCAGAAGGUGGAGACACUGAAUGGCUGUGCUGCACAGUGUGCAGCACUGCCUGAGGAAGCUUCUCUAGUAGCCAUCUGAGGCGUGUGCAGUGAAGCUAUCACUAGGCUGUAAUGUUAACACUGCAUUUUCUCUGAAAAGUGUUUACAGCAAAAAGCCUGAAGUUAAAGGACCACUAUAGUGCCCUGAGGCUCUGGGGUGAGGAAGGAGUUAAACUUACCUCUUUCUCCAGCGCCAGGCGGAGAGCUCUCCUCCUCUUCUGCUGAAUGCGCAUGCGCGGCAAGAGCUGCGCGCGCAUUCAGCCAGUCCAUAGGAAAGCAUUCUCAAUGCUUUCCUAUGGACGCUGGCGUCUUCUCACUGUGAAAAUCACAGUGAGAAGCGCGGAAGCCCUCUAGCGGCUGUCAAUGAGAAAAAAGGGUUAAACCUAGCUGGACCAGGCACCCAGACCACCUCAUUAAGCUGAAGUGGUCUGGGUGCCUAUAGUGGUCCUUUAAUGAUUCUACUCACCAGAACAAAUUCAAUAAGCUGUAGUUGUUCUGGUGACUAUAGUGUUCCUUUAACCUUUUUGUUGGGAACCCAAGUUAUGUACAUUGAUUUAGUUUGAUGAUCAAUUUUAAAGAUACAGUGAGUGGUGGAGUUGAAACUUUUUUUUUUUUUUAAUUUUGUAUUAUAGGCGAUGCAUUAAAAAUGUUCAUAUUAUUCACAAUAUAUUUGAAAUGAUAAAAGAUACUUCACACGUGAAGUCUUUGUAGUUUGCGUUCUUGUGGAGUCUUUGCAUGUCCAUUUUAGUGGGAAAUGGGAAUGGAGUAGUUCGAGACUUAUAUUAAUUAUUAUUAUUUUUAUAGCGCCAAUAUAUUUUGCAGUGCCAUACAAUCAUAGAAUGAAUAUAACUGACAAGUAGUUAACAUACAAAAUAUUAACAGAUAUAAGAGGUGAAGAAAUUAGCUUACAGUCUAUGAAUAUUAUGUUCUACCUCAACAGCGCUGCCAUCUUUUCAGCACUAUUCUACCGGUGACUUAACCUGCCCAGAUUUGUCUGCCAAGCACAAAGAGUAUAACAGUCUAUGGAAGAUCCAUUAAGACUGCAAGAUGUUUCCUAAAUAUUUUCAAGCAAUAAGGUGCCAUUGGCACCUUUUGUGUACCACGUGAGUUAAUGCUUGUUUCCAUCAGCUGUCAUGACCAACAGCUGAUAAGAAGUAGCAGCAGAAACUCUGCCUAUUGCCAAAGUUUGGCUGUGACGUCAGACAUUGUAGUCCCUCUUUGUCUCCUGUAUGAAUUUUUGUUGAUUCAAAGAAAUUUCAAGAGCUAAAGAUUGUAGCUUUAUGAAAACUUUAACGUGAACAAUGUGUGUCUGUACUUAUACGAAUACUGAUAUUAUACUUUUUUUUUUUUUUUGAGGCACGAUGCCAGAUUUUUGUGUGUGUAAUUAAUAUAUAUAUGUGUGUGUAUGUAUUGGUGUAUGGAUUUAACAAUAUGUGGCAGUAUGCUUCGAUGCUGUUACAGUUGGCAUAGGUAAGAGAUGUAUGUCCCAGUUGCUGUGUAGAGGGAGGAGCAAGACUGAGCAACCUUCUUAUCACACAGCAGAGAAUUAGUCUGUCGUCACAUCCUCCAUCAGUGUAGAAGGCAGCAGAAACUGGCGGCCUUAGACCUGAUGAUGUGUCAUUCACAGAGAGGCCAGCUCGCUCUGGACCUACACCUGAGGAGAUGGUGAGAUGCCGGAAACCUGUAACCAACCCUCCUCCCUCCCGGUGUAACCUGCACAAAGUGAAACUUCAUGUUCGCAGAACACGAGCAGCCAGCACCAGCAGCUGGGGCAGGGAGGAACACACCGAUCCAUCAGAACCAGCAAAAUCCGACAGUAGCACUUCCAACAGACGGUCGCGCUUCAGGUACCUUCAGACAUCAGGUCAGCUGAGCCUGGGGAAGGACAGAGAGAGCAAUGGCUAAGCUUUUGUUUGGCCUAAUUAAGUGAAAGCUCCUUAUGUAUUCAGUGGUGUGAGCAAGAGAGGGGGGAGAAUGAUGUUACUGUGCAGGCAGUCGGGCAGAAAAGCAGCUGGCUCAGCAUGUGCUGUAUGAAUGAGAUACCGGGACUAAGAGGAAUGUGUCUCUGGAAGCAAUGGAUGGGAAAAGAGGGAGCUAGGCAGGGAUUGGUCGUCGGCUGUCUGCAGUGAAGGGGGGGAGAGAGAGGCGGCCCUGGCUACUGGGUACCUCAUCUUCUGGGUUUCCCGGUAAUGGUUAGGAGCUCAGGCUGAGGAUAACUGCACUCUGGUGAGUAAUCUUUGUGGAGGCAGUUUAUUCUAUUUUAUGUGUCACUGCUAUGAAUAUUUUUCUGUUUUUAUAAUUGCAUAAGUAAAUAUUGUGUUUCAGUGGUGGUCAGAGACUUGGUAUAUUGAUUUUGUUAUUCUUGCUGCUGUCCAUCUUCAUUUUGACAUACAAUUGAUACAUGCAGUCCACAGAGACCGCACUCUGUGUGUUUACAUGUGGAUAGUCUUUACUCAGCAGUUCUUAAGCACAAGGAUAUAGGCCUCACUUAAUCCUGGGUAAUGAUAUAAAGAUGUGAGAGUAACAUUUUACUUUCUAAAGUGUCUCUUUAAUCAUCUUGUAUGUCCUAGUUUGCACGCAUCUAUGCAUUUCUCACAGAAGGUUAUUGUACUGAAGCUAGUCUUGAGACACAAAGGAAUGUGUGACUCUCUACAAGAGACAUGUAUCCUUGGAAACGAUGCCCCUUGUUCUUUUUAUGGCUGGGAAGAAGCUGUAGAGGGGGUUUCUUAUGCUAAUUACAGUUGCCAGAACACUGAAAGCAAGCUUUAGUAUUUUCUAAUUUAGCUCCAAUGUAUGUUCUCUUAUUGAAUAAUCGCUCUAUAUGUCCAAAGCUUGACACAUUGUCCUGUAUCUUGUGCAGUGUAUGCUCUCAGCGACAGAGGCCUAAUGUGCUAGCUACUGUCUCAUUUUAAAUCUCUUAAUUAAUAUUCUGCAUAUUACCUCUGGUUCUGUCUCGUCGAUUUGAUGCCUGGACUACUGUCCUUGUGUCGUAAUUUAUACUUUGCCAAUCUACUGUCCUGCUGUCGUCAUUUGUACUUUGCCCUUGCAGGAUCUUUUGACACUUGUGUCUGAUCCCACAGGUUGCAGUUCCCCCAGCUGGCACUCAGAAGGAGGUUGGGGCAGCUGACCUGCAUGUCUAGGUCCGCCCUGAAACUGCGGUCCUGGCCUCUGACAGUUCUUUAUUACCUUCUACCUUUCGCUGCACUUAAGCCCUUGGCCAGAGUGGGAUGGCGCCCAACCAGCAGGGUAAGUUUCCUGCAAGGUAUCCAUCUUGUUUCAAGGUAGAACAUAUGAUUGAUUGGGUACUGCGUGGAAACAGGAACUCUGGGUAAUGGUUUGGUUUGUCAUAGCUUUAUUUUGGACCCUUCAUUCAGUCGGUGAAAGUUAUUGUUCAUGGCAUUGUAUGGAUGUUCAAAUCAGAAAACUGUACAUUGUGUGGGAGAGAUGCUGGAACAGGAUUGCAAUUUCUUUUUAUUUUUUUUCCUCUCAGAGCUUACCCCAUGCCUUUUUAUUGUGUGGGUUGUAUAGAAUGCUGACUUUGUGCUGGCAAUGUCUAGCCUGGCAUAAGAUACAAAACCGUGGAAACAUUGUCUGACUCAAGGAGCUGAUAUUCUAAACACUGUGGCCGAGCUAAAUCGUGAUUAGAGACUGCAUUGUGUGUGAUACCUGUCUAAAUGGAUGUACCCAGAGACAUAAUGUUCCUGUUAUGGUUUUGUAGUAAAUCAAACCAGAGAAGAAUCCCAUACAGACUAAAAACACAACUCUAUGAGAAUUUUGUAAGAAUCCAUCAUGUCACUAGGUAUAACUGUAUUUAUGUAUGUUUUUCCUCAUCGAGGUAAUAAAGGUCAAAACUAUUGUAUUAUUCAAUAUGAAACACCCGAUCUUUAGGUAUUGUGGCAUGUACUUACUUGCUACUACAUAUUCUUUCAUCCUAUCCUGUGUGUCUCAAUGCUUCACUGUGAAGCAUGCACACUGUCCCUGUCAUUACUGGUAUUAUAACAAACUGGAGAUUUUUCUAUGUACAGAAGCAGUGAGGGAUCUUAAUAGCUGAUCUACUCCCAGUUCAGUCCAUGUUUAUGUCCAACAAACAUAAAUGCAAAUUUUUACACCACAUAAUAAAGCUUGAUUCACUUCAAGCUAGCAUUCUUUUUGUUGAACACUUUUGUACAUGAAUAGUUGGCCUGUUCUAUAUUUAUAUUUAAGCUUUUGUCACAGAUACUAGCAGUACUCCUCAUAUGCACAUGCUUAUACCGCGGCAGUCAAUGCAUUUAAUCAGGCUGCUUACAUCGGUUUCUGAAUCUAGUCUGCCAAAUAUAAUGAAUCCAAUAAUGCACAUUGAGGGCUAGUAUUUGUGUAGUAUUUUAGGCACACAAUAAUUAAAUAGCAAUGCUACUAUAAUGAGGAAUCCUCUGAACUCCAUAUUAGCUUACAUUUAUCUUAGUCUAGGUUGGUUUUUUUUUUUUUGUGCAAAGGGCUCUCCUGUCUUGAUAUCUGCACCUUUUCUUCCUAGUAUUUUCUGCUGGCAUUAUAAACCUAGCUUCUAGAAUUUAUGUUCAGUGGUUUCACCUUGUAUAAGUGACAGAUAUGUACAACAGAUAAUGAAAUAAGAAUUUUACACAUAUCAAUAUUUCCUCAUAUGCAAUUAAAUGCUAAAAUCGUAUAUUAAGGAUGCUAACACUAAAUAGUUUAUCCUAGAUCAAUACUGACAAAUGUGAUCUAGAGUUGACAAUAUAAAUACUCCGUGUAGCAUAAAACAAAAAAAAUAGCAAAGCACCGCUUACGUGAUCCUAUCCAUGCAGUUUUAGCAUGUCUAAGUGUUUAUAAUAUACGGCUUAACAGAGUCACUUGCAAAACAGCAUUGAGUCAAUAUUCUUAUUUGUGUGUGUCCUCUAGCACCAUAUUGCAAAGUCACAGCACAAUAGCCAAUAGUACAAUAACCAGUCUUCUGUCUACCUACAGUAUUGUGUAGCGUUGGGCCCUCAAGCAAUAUCAUGUAUUGUGUGACCCUGACAAAUGUAUUAUAUAGCAAACACUCAGAAUAGAAACACAAGUGAUGACAAUCACACAAACCUGACAAAUAGGCAUACCGAGUUGUUGCUAGCCCUUAGCAGGUUACUGCAUUCACUUCAGUGAACUGGGCAGAGAUUGCCUCAUCUGAAUAAAUUCCAUUACUUUGAGCCACUGGUAUGUCCGCUUAUACGAGUCCUCUUGUCCUGUUCACACUUAAUAGGUACAUAAGCACAUUUCAGUCUUUCUCAAGGUAGGAAGACUGUGUAAAAGUAAAACAUUUAUAAAUUAGGGUUAAAGGGACUCUUUAGUCACCAAAACAACUUUAGCUUAAUGAAGCAGUUUUAGUGUAUUGAUCAUGCCUAUGCAGUCUCACUGCUCAAUUCACUGCUAUUUAGCAGUUAAAUCACAUUUGUUUCUAUAUGUGCAGCCCUAGCCACACCUCCUCUGGCUGUGAUUGACACAGCCUGCAUGAAAACAAAAUGGUUUCAUUUUCAGUCAAUCUUACUUUAAAAUGUUUAGCUCCUGUUCUGUAAAUUGAACUUUAAUUACACACAGGAGGCUCAUACAGAGUCUAGCAAGCUAUUAACAAAGCAGGAGAUAUGAAAUUCUAAAUUAAACAGAAUUUGCAAUAAGGGAAAUGUAAAAAAUUAGAUUACUCUUUACAGGAAGUGUUUAUAACUCCUAAAUGGCAGAUAAUUUAGCAGUGAGACUGCAGGGGCAUGAUCUAUACACAAAAAACGCUUCAUUAAGCUUAAGUUGUUCUGCUGACUAUAGUGUCCCUUUAAUAAAACCAUACUGGUUCUUCAAAAUGUGAAGCCUUUAAGACUUGAAGGUAUUUGAUUAAUGAAUAACAUGGUUUUAAAAGAUGUGGCAUUUAAUGUUAGUGUGAAAUAAUCAUGUUUAUAGUUUUUGUUGAUAUAGUCUUAUAUAGUGCACUAUAUCUAAGACAUUUUCACUUUUUAUCAUUUUUUUGUGCCCUAAUAUGUAAUUGGAAUAUAUUUUGGUGGCUUGUGGUUACCAAAAUACGUUUCCUUUUUAUUUUUACUAUAAUCUGGAUAUAUUUUACAAUCGUGUUCUUCAGAUGAAAUUAUAAUGGAUUUUUAGUUUUUUGUUUAUGUUUGGAAUAUAAUUUUGUUUCUUAAAAUUCAAUUUAUAAUGCUUUUUAAAGGGACACUAUAGGCACUUUAGCUCAUUGAAGUGACCUGGGUGCAAAACUAAUUAUUGCACUUUUUAAGAAACUGCAUUAAUUUGCUUGGAGGGUUAACUACAUCUCUAGUGGCUGUCUAACACACUUUUGGCUGUCUGUCGCUGGACAUCCUGCGUCACCCAAAACCCCAUAGGCGUGGGAGGGGGGAGCUAUUGUUCCAGGAAUUACAUUAGCAGUGUGCAUUUCCCUAAUGUAAUUAUUAGUUAUAGUUUGUUCUAUCAUUUCCAUGAUCCUGACAGCGUGGAGUCUGCUUUUUUAAAAAAAAUUUUAAAUGUAUUUCCUUUUUUAAAUUUUUUUUUUUAAUAUAGUUUACAUACUUUUAAGGACCAAUAUAAUUACUGACCAAUUAUUUAUAAAUUUCGCACUGCUUAAAGGAACACAAUAUUGUUAUAACAAUACAAACCUGUAUUCCUAAUGCUGUGGACUUCCCUUACCCCUAGUUUGACUUGGGAAGUGUAAAAAAAAAAAAAUGAGUUUAAUUACCAUUACUCCGGCACCCAGUCUCCCUUGGAGCUGCCGCCUGCUCCUCCUGACUAGAUGUCACCCUGGCGGUGAUAGUUCAGUCUAAUGCUCCUCAUAGAAGAGCAAUGGGGACUGCAGGCGCUGGGAUCUGCCAAUCAACACACUGUGCAGUACAGUUAGUUUAAAAAUUGGAUCUUUCAUUACAGGAGGUGUGUAUGGAGGCUGUGUAAUGCACUUGUAAGGAGGUGUGGCUAAGGUGCAUAAACUAAUUUAACUCCUAAAUAGCAGAGAAUUGAGCAAUGAGACUGCAUGGGGCAUAAUCUAUACACCAAAACUGCUUCAUUAAGUUGAAGUUGUCUUGGUUCUUUAGGUUUUUCUUACGAGGGUAGGAGUGUCCAGCUGCUUUCAUAUCUUCUGCAGUGUAGAGCCGAAGGGAGCUGGGAGGUAGAAUCGCUAGAGCCAAACGUUUCACCUCCUGAAUGUAAGAAGGUGCCAGUUUCUGUGUGUUUUCUUUCUGGGUAUAUGAAAAAAAGUCUUGUAUUACAGCUUAUUGAAUAGGGCCUAAGGCAAGAGCUCUUUUGGCAGACGGGAAAAAAAGCUGCAAUUCUUCCUGAGAGUAAUUGAAAUAGUCCCUUUUAUAAAGUGUCACAAAUAUAAAGUGUGCGUGGAAUGUUCCUUUACCCACUUGUUCCUAAAUGUCACCUCCUGCCCUAAGUUACAUAAGGUUGAAUGGAACAUAGACAUGUAACCAAGUAGUAUGUUUAUCAGUUUAUAGGGGUGAUUUCAUGUUUUUUAUACAGUAGUACCCUAUUAAUAAUAUAUGAGCUGGUUAGAGCAGUGAUAGCAUCAAUGCCUUCGAACUGGGCAAGACACCUAACAAUGUAAUAUAUCUGCCUGCCUCAAAUUCUUCUAGAUUGUAAGAAGCUCAUUUUAACGAUGCCUUCCUCGUCUCUACAUAUCCCCUUUCUUUCUAGCUCUGUGGAAUACGUUGGUGCUAUAUAAAUGCUAAAAAUAAUAAUACCUUUUAUUGCGACAUGCAAAGAAUCUAAAUUUAGGAAAAUCUCUCUUUGCGUUAGUUAUUGAUUCGUUUUAUAAUGGAGAAAUCAGAAAAGCACCAUAAAUUUGAUAUUGAAGUUACCAGAGCCCAAAGUUGUCAAAAGACACAAUGAAAUGAAAAUGGAACUUCUUGCUGAUUCUCCCAAGAGAUCUGAGCUAGUUUUAGUAGAAUAAUUUAAAUCGGUGAUGAGUUUAUAUAAUACCCUGAGUUUUGUCGUUUCCUUUUUUGUGUUUUUUGUUUUUGUGUAGGAUAUAUAUAUAUAAAAAUAUGUAUAUUUUCCUAAAUUCCAUGAUCUUUUCUCUCUAGGCCUUGCUAAUUGCAUGAAUUAAAAAAAUAAAAAUAAUUUUUUUUACAGAUUGUAAGCUUGUUUGUGCAGGGCCUUCUUCCCCACUUGUUAAUAUUUUGUAUGUCAAUUACAUGUUAUCAAAAAUCCCCAUUCUAUAAUAGUAAUGUACUGUGUAAUAUGUUGGCGCUAUAAAAAUACUAAUAAUAAUAAUAGUAAUUAUAAUAAUUCAAGUAUUGUAUGAAACUUAAAUUAAAAAUAUACAAAAUGACUUAAUAAUUUUAAUUAUUAUGAUGGAUUCCUGCUCAGGAGUUGUUAAAAAGUAUGACACUUGCCUAAACCCAUACAGCUAGAAUCUGUGGCAUUUACUUAUCACAAAAGUCCCACAUGGGCAUCCUUGAACCAAUAUGCCUGGCUGUUCGUCUCUGUACCAACCCCAUGCUAUUUGGCUUAUUAGUGACAUAUGGCUGAUCCCUCCUGACACAAGGUACAUGAAUAAGUGUUCUCUGUCUGGAUUACUGAUUUAGAUAUACAUUUUCUUAGUUGCAUAAAGCUGAUGGUUGGUGAAUGAUCUUUGUUCAAGGUGGAGAGCUCUGAAUUAAUUUUUGUAAGUGAAUAAGAUAUUUUUACAGCAGGAGCAGCAAGAACGCAAACUAUUGUCAUGACAUAUCUUUCCAUUACAUACAUAUAAUGUCAACUAGACAAGAGCUUUUUCAGUUUCAAGAGUAGAAACGUUUACUGAAAUGUAAAAAAAACAAAACAAAAACCUGGAAAUCUGCAAUGUUGUUAUGUUUUAAAAUGCAUAGCUGUAUUUCCGUUACACGAACCUUGUUUUGCGUACAGGUUGCCCUUUACAAAUCUGUGCCAACACGACUGCUCUCACGGGCAUGGGGACGCUUGAAUCAGGUUGAACUUCCAACAUGGCUCAGGAAGCCGGUGUACAGCUUGUAUAUCUGGACAUUUGGGGUGAACAUGAAGGAGGCUGCAGUGGAAGAUCUGCACCAGUACCGCAAUCUCAGCGAGUUCUUCCGCAGGAAACUGAAGCCUCAGGCACGGCCUGUUUGCGACUCCCAUAGCGUGGUAUGUUUGGGGAAUUUACUGCUGUACAUGCUCAACGACAUUAGCCUUCUGGUUUAGGAUAUGGAAAUUGAUUUCAUCUAAAUUUAAUAAUACUGAUUCAGUUUCUAAAAAAUUUUUUUAUAUGUAUUGCUCGUUAAAGCCUUAAUCCAGGGCAUUGAAUUGAAAGUGUUUAACUUCUAGAAAAUGGUUCAACACUGAAUGAAGGGAACUUGCCAAUUUAAAGAGUUGAAAUGGACAUAGUGCCUACAGUGUCCCUUUGUGUUUCUUUUCUGAUCUUGUUAAGUAUAUAUAAAAUAGGUCCUCCGAGUCACUCUGCCAGGUGUCUCAGAGGCUUUUUCCAAUCACUGGGAUCUAUCUACUGAGAGUUACCCCCAUACGUGACUGUUAUGACUUGAUGCUUAUCUGUGCUUGAUGAGUCCUUUCAAUGAACACCUGUUCAUUCACCAGUGCUAAUAUCAUAAGGCCCUGAUGUGUAUUUGUUAAUUUAGUUGUUAAUUUUCUUUAUGUUCUUUUCUUUGUGCAUGUUUCUCUUUACCCUCUGGCUCAUUAGUGCUACCCAGUGCUCACGCCCCCUCCCCACCUCAGGAUUAAAAAUAAAAAUAAAAUAUAUCACUCUUAGCCGGAUAAGUGCUAGGUGGCUUGCAGCAUUUUUUUCAGAAGUACAUCUAAUACACCAUACCAUUAGUGGUUUAAGGCACUUUCUAGAGCCCCACGAAUUUGUUAUUGUUAUAUCGUCAUAAAACCCACCGUUCACAUUGUUUAACCCUCUACUGUGUCCCUCUACACCUGCAUAUCUACGUAAUAAUGCUGAUAAUAAUCCAUAAUGUUCUUUUUGGAUAAAUAUCUGGUGAUAUAUAAAUAUAUUGAGGUUGUAUGAUGCAGGUACUACCUAAAUGAAAGCAAACUAUCCCAGUCCCAAUGGUGUAAUGAAUAUGUAGCACUAGUGAUCGCUGUAAGUGAUCAGGAUCACUUCAGUUACAUCCUUUAGUAUUCUAUGGUUAGAAUGAUAAUAUUGUAUGAUUAUGUCAUGGUUUAACUCUUGGUUACCAGUGCUGUGUGAACUCCAGAAAUACAUUAACUAAUUUUAUCCCACAGAUUAGUCCAUCUGAUGGAAAGAUCCUGCACUUUGGUAGAGUGAAAAACUGUGAGGUGGAGCAAGUAAAAGGAGUAACCUAUUCACUGGAAUCCUUCCUGGGCCCUCAGACCUGGACCGAAAACUUGUCCAUCAGCAAAUGUAAGUUGAGCUUUUGUGCAGGGUUCGCCAUCAAGUGUCAGUGACUGUCUGUUCUUCAAAGAGGACCCUUCAUACUUUAACAUAUGUUAGGUAAGAUGACAUUGGAGAAAAAAUAACCUUAAAGAAAUACACUUAGUUUAUUGUAACCGCACGUUGACUGUCAUAGACACUGGCAUGCCUGUUGACUCCAUGCACGUCUUCGCUGCCUCACUUGCCUGUGCUUGCAUCUUUGUAUUCCCAUUGUAUUCUUGUGGAUGUCAGAAAAUGUCUAAGUAAAGCUACAUAUAGAAUUAUUAACUAAACGCCGAACUGAAGUUGAUUAAAAACCGAAUAUCAAAAUGUCCCAUUACAUAGCCAAGCUGUGACUAGCAUAGUUGGAAAAUCUUUUUCCAAUUCUGCAAUGUUUGCAUUCAGUGUUCAGUUCACUUAGUAUAAUUACAAUUCCAGAGUUCAUUGAGUAAACCCCAUUUAUUCCUUGGUAAAAAUGCCUACACCAGCGCAUGUCAAUUAAAAUAUUGAGCUUAACAUGCUGAAGUCGGUGUUAACUUCAGUGGUACAAUCACCACUUCAGAAAGGGUAAUAAUGACUUGAUCAUUGAAAUCAUUCAGAAUGAUGGCAGCAAGGGUCAACCGUUUAGAAACACUUCAUAAAAUAUGAACUAAUGUGAAAUAAAAAGAAAACAAGCAAAAAAAACCUGUAACGUAAGUAAUGUGUUGGCAGCAUACUGGAUAGUUUAUAAAUAAUAAUAGCAACAGCAACUUCAGUAUUCACUGCAUAUGACACUGAGUCAAGAGUGUCCAAAUGGUAGAUCUUCAGAUGUUUUAGAACAACUCCCAUGAUUCUUUGUUAUGCACAAGUAGUAAGUGGAGGACUUGGGAAAGGGAUCUUGGUAAGAAGGAGGUGGUGACUGGACAGGAACUGUGCGGCGACCUGGAAGGAGCUAUAAUUGUGCAUCUGGGUUUAAUUUCACAGCAGCUACAAUGGCAGGGAACAGACAAACCUGCAGAGGAAGGUUUAAAACAUAUUAAAGUAAAUUUAAAAAAAAAAAAAGAAAAGUAAUUGUGUAAUGUUGGAAAAUAUGUCCAUCCCUGUAAUCUGGAGAAUUCCAUAAAGCACUUGUGAUUGAUUUUGUCCAGAGCUCUCUGAUUGCUUUAUCUUUAAAUAACACUUUUACAUUUAAAAUAUAAUUUUUGUGUUUACUUAUACAUUCACUAUUCAUUACAUUAGUCAUUUACUAAAAACCUCUUCACAAAUGUGGGAUGUGUGAAGUAUGCCCCAACUGUGAUAUUCUUCCUGUUCUGCUGUGUAUGAAUUUGAGUUCUGUGCUAGCAGCUAGGCACGCAUGCUUCUCAUUGUGUCAUUUGCUUAUUGUCCCAGAAAGGGAUCUGUGGGUGUAGACUGCUGUGAAUAAAGUGGCACUGUGAUUUAUUCUAUUUAACAUAAAUCAAAAAAAAUUUUUUUUGUCAAUCUUUGUUUUAUUUUGAGGCAUUAAAGUAAAUCGUACAGAACAAUAAGAAAUAGUCUCAGCAGAUAUACGUAGGUCACAUACAGGGUCGUUGUAUACAAUGGCUGAGCCUCCUGGAGAAAUCAGCCUCUUUUUAAAUUAAAAGUAAAACAGGCCUGAACGGCCUCAGCAGCGGAGAUAUACUGCAUAACUUCAGACUCUUCACUUCUUUUGGGAGAGCUGUGCAUUUUUUUAAAAGGAGUAAAAACAUAUAUAUAUAUGGAACGUAUGGCGUUCAAGCCACGUUAGGAGCUAUUGUGGGUAGCGUUUAAGUGAUGGUUAGGGCUUAGCAGCUUCCACUGUGAGCCUGGCACGUAUGCUGACGCUCGUCGUAAUGUGGAGAUUACACAGCUCAGAGACAGUUUGCCUAAUUUGUGGUUACAUGGUGGGAGCUGGGGAGGGGGAGGGGGCGAGCUAGCAUUCCUAGGCUAAUCCCAGUUUCGGCCAUGUUUGACCUGAGGUGGAGCGUUCAAUGUGCCGGUAUGAGGGGCAUCUAACAUGAUGCUGUCAUGCAUGCAACUUUUAAUUUAAUAUAACAUAUAAGCAGGUGCAUCAGGUGGUCUCCUUCCCAGGUGUUCCUUGUGCAGGUGGGAUGAUUGGGACUACUUUAGCUGGGUCCCAGGUGGUGGAGGUAGAUGGGGCUGUGAGGCCCAAAGCCGCUAGGACAUUGUCCAUCUCAGUGAUGUUUGUCACUUUGUGUUCAGUGCCUUGAUGUGGAAUGAGGAGUACGCGCGUCGGUCCCCAUCAGUACUUCACUCCCUUGGCUGUGAGUGUUGCUGUCAUCGGACGAAGGGAUUUCCUCCACAGCAGGGUAGCACGUGGAAGAUCAAUGUAGAAGGACAAGUCCAUGUCUUUGAGCCAGAUUGGAUUCUUUCCCUUCGUGGCAUUCAUGAAAGUUUCCUGUUCCUGUCCACUCUGGAAUUUCACCAUUAGGUCACUGGUAGCAGUACUUGAGCAUUGAUGUCUUAGGCAGGCGGAAUAUUCCAUCAAGUUGUAUUCCCUUGGCUUGCCUGGGCGGUAGGAGGGCCGCAAAUAGCCUGUGAAUAAAGUGAGGCAGUUCAGCUGGGGCUAUAUCUUAAGAGGGGCCCCUGAUUUUUACAUGCUUCCAGCGCCUCUUGUCUUCCGUAGCUGCUAUUUGAAAUAGUGUGGGCGUCUGCUUCUGCAGUUACAGAACAUGUGUGGUGUAUGUUUGGGAGGUCUGUUCUGCUGUGAGGCGAACGGUGAACCUCCUGCCGUCCUCCCUCACCUGGGAAAUCUCAGCGGGGGGUUUGUGAUGAGAUUGGUGAGAGGAGCCAGUUGUUGGCUCCGGAGACCCUUUAUAUCCCAGGUUUUCCGGACUGUGUAACUGUAAAGGAAUGUCCUCCGAGUUGUCUGUGAAGUCGUUGAAGUCCACUGCCAUGUUAGGACUGGCCGCACCAUGCGGUCUCUGCAGCAAGUCUAGUAUAUCUGCUGAGAACCGUGGCCGAUCCAUUCGUGGCUUCUUGGUUUUUCUCCCCAUCAGCCUGGGUGCUUUUUCCGACCGGCUGUCGGGUCAUGUGUGGCUUUUUGAGGCCUUUUUUAUCGGUGCUAUGAGUGUGCAACUGAUCCCAUUGGACGCUAGGUCCGCCCCCCUAAAUCAGAUUUUUUGAAGUUGCCUGCAUUGUUGUAAAUUACUUUCAAGUGAAAUGUUUGCUUGUGUUUAAACGUUUUCACUCUGGGCACUUCUCCAUUCAUUAGUGGCUGUGGGCAUGCAAGUUAUCUUAACUCAAAGGGUAGAUAUAUCUCUGCUGUGUGGGAAGCUUAUUGCAUAUCAUUCAUCAUCUCCCCCUCCCCCCCAGAUACAUCCCAUGGUAGUGAGGAAUAAGAUAGGGAUCCUGUUCUUCUAGGAUUCUAGGCAUAGCUAUUUCCAUCUUCCGGGUCUUUCUAUAAUGUUUCUACUACCUAAAUGUGAUGUCCAGUAUAGUAUUAAGAUGUUAAAACGUGUUACAUCUUUUCACUUUUUUUAUGUACACUGGAUUGUUACAAUUCAAAGUCUUGAAUUGUAUCUUUUUUUAUUUCAGUGAGAAAAAUUUCUGUUGGAAUCCAAUGCUAAAUCCCGUUGUAUGUUUUUUUUUUUUUUUUUUACUGUGCAGAUGGCAUAAAUAGAUGUUAAUGAGUCAGAUGGAUGGCUGACUCAGAAACAGUGGGGGAUAUUUGUAAAAGUGUUGCUAAAAGAAAAGUGGACCAACAUUCUAAGAGCAGUGACUGUGGAAGCAAUUGAAAUGUCCCUGCUGUUUUCAUUUGUUUCCAUGGCGAUUACUCCAUUUUUAGAACUGCUCCAUUUUCCUGUUCGUUUUUUUUAUAAAUCUUUCCAAUAAAAUCUAUGCAGAUAUGUUUAAACCAUGUGUGACAGUAAGGUGGUGAGAUAAUGCUGGCAAAUCUUAAGAUUGAAUGAGAUAUAAGGAAAUCAACAAAGCACAUUUUAUAUUCUUCUAAGCACAUUGUAAAUAAAUCAACUAUUUAAAAAUAUAUAUUCAUUAAGCAUUUUUUAAAUUAAUGUUUUUCCCCCUUUGGAUCUUUGAGAUAUAGCAUUUUAUCUUUGAUUUACCUACCACUAUGCCUUAUGCAGAUAUUACUUCAUGAAAAAUGUACUAGGCAGACUUUAUAUUCUGCUGUCCGAUUUUUAUAUAUAUAUAUAUAUAUAUAUAUAUAUAUAUAUAUAUAUAUAUUAUAUAAAAAAAAAAAAAAAAAAUUCCCAUUUGAUCUCCAGCGUUAUAAGUUUCCUUUAAUCUCAUAUUACAAAUGUGGCUCUGGGUAGUAGCUGCAUUUGAUCUAAAACUCAUGUAAUGCGGAGUCAGAUUUCUCAAUUACUCCAACAUAGAUAGGGCAGGGAAACUAACCUUUACCUCUGGGGUAUAUCCCUGAUCGCCUUUUGUUUCUUUAUAGCUUCAUUCCAAGACCAACUGGUCACACAGGAGGGAAAUGAACUAUAUCACUGUGUCAUUUACCUGGCUCCUGGAGAUUAUCACUGCUUUCACUCACCCACAGACUGGAAUGUUUAUCAUCGCAGGCAUUUUCCAGGUAAGCCCCCCUUGGAUUUGCUAGGAAUAUUAGACUUUAUCGUCAUUUCUCCCCUUCCCCCCCGUGACUGAUCCCUUUCUGCCAGUUCCAAUGCCAAAACCACAGAUUUUCUUGCUUGCAUUAAUUUUAUUACGGACACAUUCUUCCUGAUUUCAGUUUACUGCUUUACUUCAGGCUUUUUACAAUACCUUCCCUUUCCUAUAAAUGCUAAAUGUAGAAUCAUCUUUCUUUUAAUGACUUCAGAACUAGGGAAACCUUUUCCCAAUGUUUUUGAUAUUUAAAUGUUUUAACGCAACAAUUAAUUUAGAGCCUUCAACUUCACUUGAUGGCUUCUGUUGUUUAAAUAUAUAUAAAAAAAACAAAACUAUUGUCAUUUUAUUAUUUAUUUUUUAAUUUCAAUGAGUUUUUAAUUUCAAUGAGUUAUGAACAUUUCCUGGAAAUGAAAUUAUACCUAUUAAUUAAUGCAUAGUCUUAUUCUAUUUAGUACAAAAAAAAAAAAAAAACCUUCACCUUCCACAUAUUAAAAAUCAAACAUAGAAGAUGGACUUGUGGAAUAAAAAUAAAUUUUAUAAUACUUCCUCCAAAAAGUAGAAAGAAAACCGAUAUAUUGCGUAAGAUCUCAUAGAGCAGUAUUGGACAUGAGUCACUGCAGUUUACAAACAAUUUAUGUGUGUGUAGUUAAAGCACUUUGCCCACUCAUUGUCUUCAUGACAUGAUCCACAUUCAACCAUUUUAUCUGGAUCUUGACGUCCAUACAGAGUUAUCUGCCUGAAUAUUUAAAGCCUCUAAUUAUAUGACAGACUCUUGGCUGUAUGCACUGCUGCCAUUUGCAAUAGUAAAGGUGAUAUUCAACAUAUGGCAAAGUCUGCUGAAUGGUCAUCAUGACAGCAGCAGGUUCAUUAUGAGUAAGGAUGCUGUUUCACCAGCUGUCAUGGUAUGUUCACAGUGAUGACUAACUUGCUAUCAUGUAGCCAGAAUCUGUAUCUUUGUAUAGAUUAUACAUUGUUGCCCUGGAUAAAGGCACCCAACUUGUUGGUUUACAACAUGCAUGUCAAACUCGCGGCCCACAACUAAUAUGUUUGCGCAGCUCCACGUAGUGAUGCCGGGAACCGGAAUAUGAUGUCACUCCGUCUCCCGACAUCACUCUGCAGUGCGCAAGCUUUGCAGGGAGAGCUUACACUGAGCACUCCCUCGCCGCUUGUCCAUCCCCAGCCUGUGUGCCCGUCUGCCCAGCAGCCCCAGGUAAGAAAUCCACCCAGCUCUCCCAAAGGUAGGGAGGCUGGGUGGAUUUAAAUAAAAAAAAUGUGUUGGGGGGGGAAAUGUGUGUUUGUGUCCAUGGCUGUCUGUGUGUGUGUCUGAGUGUAUGUAUGUAUGUGUCGGAGUGAUUCUGUGUGAAUGUCAGUGAGUGUGUGAGCGUUUCAAGGAGUAACUGGAGGAUCCGCUUUUUAAAAGGUGCAUAUGGGGCCAUUGGGGUUAUACCAGUGGCUGAACUCCAGACACUGCUAGUUGGCGGUUUUAUUUUACUUUUAAAUGGGACAGGGGGUCGCUGUUUUUUAUUUUUAUAUAUAUAUAUAUAUAUAUAUAUAUAUAUAAAAUAUAUAUAUACAUACAUAUACUUUUCAAAAUAAAACCUAUGUUUUUAUGAAAUUUUAAGGUUUUUUUUUUUUUUUUGUGGCCCACAUAAACCUUGUUUAUUUGGCCCUUGCUAGCUUUUGAGUUUGACAUGCUUGGUUUACAAUAUUGACACUCCUGGGUCGCACUGGUAUGUGGCACAUAAACCCACAGGGAGGUGUGAGCUAAGUAUGUAAUCUCACAAAUAAAAAAACAUUUACAAAAUUCCCACUGCACACCAGAUACCAAAAAUAAAAUAACUCUUAAUUAAUUCACAUAAAUAUUACACAAAGUCAGUAUUCAAUGAGCAGUUCAAAGUGAUCAGAGUUAAUCAUUCUACAUUGUAAAUGAGCAGUAGCAGAAAAAUCAAAAAUAACAAAUUAAUAAAAUAAGUCUGUACAGAGUAUUGACUGAAAGGAGUUGUUGACAGGAUCAUGGAUACCAUAACAACCAAUGUUUUGACCUAAAUAUCCUUUGUACAAAAUAUCCACUGCACAGUAGUUAGUACAAAAUACCCACCCAGCAUUAUAGAUCACCUAGGCUAAUGUUUUACGUGUAAUAAACUGAAGAUAGUAAUAUUUGGUUUAAGAAUAGUUACACUAAACUUCCCUGUUUUCUAGGAUCACUCAUGUCUGUGAAUCCAGGAGUUGCUCGAUGGAUAAAAGAACUGUUCUGUUACAAUGAGCGAGUGGUACUCACAGGAGGCUGGAAGCAUGGAUUCUUCUCACUAACUGCAGUGGGUGCUACCAAUGUUGGCUCUAUACGCAUAUAUUUCGAUAGGGUAAGUGUUUAUAACAGUAGAUGUUCCACACAAAUAGAUUUAUUUUUCUCAUAUUUACACUAAUUUUCUAUCCCCGACUAUUGACCAUGUCAGCAUAUACUGCCAUGGAUAAUAACCAGAGGAAGACAAUUAUGUUAAGUAUAAAUAUCCUGUCCCUAUUUAAAACCAUGGCAGCAUAUACAACUGGGUAAUACCAAAGUGUCAAGUGUCAAGUGACUAGGGAGUGAAAACCAGAAAGGAAGAGACAGCUGACCUGAAAUGUCAUUAAAUAGUCAUUUACAUGUUCAUAAUGUGGAAAAUACUAAAAUCAGAGCCUUAGUGAGGAAGUACUGCUAAAACAUAACAUGGAAACCCUAUUAUAUCCAACAGAAAAUAGAUGGUAAUCUGAUAAUAGAUACUGUGAUCUGGGCAAAAAUUAAAGCCAUCAUAGAUAACUAAUAAACACCACAGCAAUGGACCGGUACAAACUGAACUGACCUCCAUUAACAGGAAAACAAAGUCAGUGUGUACAGAAUAAACACUUUAAAUUUUUUUUUUUUUUUUUUUUUUAAUAAUCCAAUUUGUAUAGUAACAACCUGUGAAACAUGAGGCUACUAUAGUCAGCACCCGUUGAGCACAAAAGGUGAAAGCCAACGUAACCGGUUGUCAAGGGAGGAAAUUCUUUAAAUUUGGAAGACUUAGUGUUAUUUACUAAAGUAAGCAUUCAAAAUUAUAUAUAUAUAUAUAUAUAUAUAUAUAUAUAUAUAUAUAUAUAUAUAUAUAUAUAUAUAUAUAUAUAUAUAUAUAUAUAUAUAUAUAUAUAUAUACAGUUGCAAGAAAAAGUAUGUGAACCCUUUGGAAUGAUAUGGACUUCUGCACAAAUUGGUCAUAAAAUGUGAUCUGAUCAUCAUCUAAGUCACAACAAUAGACAAUCACAGUCUGCUUAAACUAAUAACACACAAAGAAUGAAAUGUUGCCAUGUUUUUAUUGAACACACUGUGUAAACAUUCACAGUGCAAGUGAAAAAAGUAUGUGAACCCCUAGACUAAUGACCUCUCCAAGAGCUAAUUGGAGUGAGAUGUCAGCCAACUGGAGUACAAUCAAUGAGAUGAGAUUGGAAGUGUUGGUUACAGCUGCCCUGCCCUACAAAAAACACACCAGUUCUGGGUUUGCUUUUCACAAGAAGCAUUGCCUGAUGUGAAAUGAUGCCUCGCACAAAAGAGCUCUCAGAAGACCUACGAUUAAGAAUUGUUGACUUGCAUAAAGCUGGAAAGGGUUAUAAAAGUAUCUCCCAAAGCCUUGCUGUUCAUCAGUCCAUGGUAAGACAAAUUGUCUAUAAAUGGAGAAAGUUCAUCACUGCUGCUACUCUCCCUAGGAGUGGCCGUCCUGUAAAGAUGACUGCAAGAGCACAGAGCAGACUGCUCAAUGAGGUGAAGAAGAAUCCUAGAGUGUCAGCUAAAGACUUACAAAAGUCACUGGCAAAUGCUAACAUCCCUGUUAGCGAAUCUACAAUACGUAAAACACUAAACAAGAAUGGAUUUCAUGGGAGGAUACCACAGAGGAAGCCACUGCUGUCCAAACAAAACAUUGCUGCACGUUUACAGUUUGCACAAGAGCACCUGGAUGUUCCACAGCAGUACUGGCAAAAUAUUCUGUGGACAGAUGAAACCAAAGUUGAGUUGUUUGGAAGAAACACACAACACUAUGUGUGGCGAAAAAAAGGCACAGCACACCAAUAUCAAAACCUCAUCCCAACUGUGAAGUAUGGUGGUGGGGGCAUCAUGGUUUGGGGCUGCUUUGCUGCGUUAAGGGCUGGACGGAUUGCUAUCAUCGAAGGAAAAAUGAAUUCCCAAGUUUAUCAAGACAUUUUGCAGGAGAACUUAAGGCCAUAUGUCUACCAGCUGAAGCUCAACAGAAGAUGGGUGUUGCAACAGGACAAUGACCCAAAGCAUAGAAGUAAAUCAACAAAAGAAUGGCUUAAACAGAAGAAAAUACACCUUCUGAAGUGGCCCAGUCAGAGUCCUGACCUCAACCCGAUUGAGAUGCUGUGGCAUGACCUCAAGAAAGUGAUUCACACCAGACAUCCCAAGAAUAUUGCUGAACUGAAACAGUUCUGUAAAGAGGAAUGGUCAAGAAUUACUCCUGACCGUUGUGCACGUCUGAUCUGCAACUACAGGAAAUGUUUGGUUGAAGUUAUUGCUGCCAAAGGAGGUUCAACCAGUUAUUAAAUCCAAGGGUUCACAUACUUUUUCCACCUGCACUGUGAAUGUUUACAUGGUGUGUUCAAUAAAAACAUGGCAACAUUUCAUUCUUUGUGUGUUAUUAGUUUAAGCAGACUGUGAUUGUCUAUUGUUGUGACUUAGAUGAUGAUCAGAUCACAUUUUAUGACCAAUUUGUGCAGAAAUCCAUAUCAUUCCAAAGGGUUCACAUACUUUUUCUUGCAACUGUGUGUAUGUAUGUAUAUAUAUAUAUAUAAUUUAUUUUUUUACCGUAAAAUUGAUAUUCACUUUGAAUUCUCACUUUAGUGAAUAACCCUGACAAUCUAGGAACCACUGAGGGUUCCCUUUUCAAGCAAACACUGAGGGAAAAAUAGUAGAUAAAAAUCAGAGACCACAUUUUAACCCUUAAUAGGGAACACAUGUAGUGGGUGGCAGAGCUGUAACACGGCUGUGUAAUACAAAGAGGAGUACUAAAUUAAGCUCUGCGCUCAAUCUCCCACUACUUCUGGGCGAGUUUGAAUGGAGGGAUUCGUUUUGUAUUUGUUAAUGUAUUACAUAGCCAUGUUACAAUACUGAAACCCACCCCAUGUUUACCCUAUGAAUGCAUAAUAAGUGUGUAGGGGUUCAUAAGUACAUCCAUUUCUGUCUCAUUAGUGAUUUUGCCAUUUAGCUCAAGGUUAAUUGUUAGUGUAGGACUCAACUAAGAAGUUUUGCCUUGAUGUGGCAGGUGAGCUUGCACUGCAACGGUCAUUUGAGUGAUACUAAGAAAAACCUCCAAUAACUUUUUUUGUUUCUAUUCUAUGUAUUGGGGUUAAUGAGUACUAUAGUGAUUUUUCCUGCCCAGGAGUAGUGGGAGUUUGAAUACAGGGCUUAAUUGUAUCCAUUAAAGGACCACUAUAGGCAUCCUGACCACUUCAGCUUAAUGAAGUGGUCUGGGUGCCAGGUCCAGCUAGGGUUAACCCUUUUUUUAAAUAAACAUAGUUUCAGAGAAACUGCUAUGUUAGGGUUAAUCCAGCCUGCAGUGGUUGUUUCAUUGACAUCCGCUAGAGGCGCUUGCGUGCUUCUCACUGUGAAAAUCCCAGUGAGAAGACGCCAGCGUCCAUAGGAAAGCAUUGAGAAUGCUUUCCUAUGGACUGGCUGAAUGCGCGCGCAGCUCUUGCCGCGCAUGCGCAUUCAGGCGCGGAGGAGGAGAGCUCCCCGCCUGGUGCUGGAGAAAGAGGUAAGUUUAACCCCUUCCUCUCCCCAGAGCCCUCAGGGCACUAUAGUGGUCUUUUAAGUAUAGCCAUAACCGGCACUGGUUUUUCCAUUUGUUAUAAGGAAGUAAAAAAACAAGCAGCUAAUAAAAACUGAAAGCCCCCAUACUACAUGUGCACUUACAUGACACCUUGUAAUAAACAAAUUACCUAGGCAGCUAGCAUAGAGGCAGUUCAACUGCUGCAGCUUGCUGUAUUCCACAAACAAAUGGAAAUGUGAUAACGGACACCCUGUAAACUGCUAAACUGGAGGUUUCCUUACACACUGUACCAUUGUGAUCUAUCAAGAAACAACGUUUAGGUAAAACCAUUUGUCACUUCUGUGUGGUUUGCUGGAUAUUUUUAAGAGACUGAACUGGCUGGGCUUACAAAAAUAGCCAGUAACAUUAAAUGAAAUCUUGGGCUGUUCAUGCACACUCCUUUUGCCCUAUUUGCUGAGUGGGCGAGCCAACCCAAUGGUAUAUGCUGCCAUGGUUCGCCAGGAAUAGCUUAAUAGAACAUGGUACAGGUUGGCCAUUUGUUUUUAUUUAUCCCUGCGCCCUCUAGCCAGACUAUGGUUUGCAUUCUAACGCCAUGAUUGGAAGAUCAAGCAGAAUGUCACACAGCUUUCAUAUGUUAAUUCUGUCCCAUGGACAACGUUCAUGCAUCUAAAAGCUUGAAUCUGCAUGUCGUUUAAAAUAUAAUCUUCAUGCACAGUACAACUGGGAAUCAUUGAAGCCAGUGGCUCUACUGCACCUGCCAUGUACAGUGCUCCUCCUAGAAUGUGUACUGAAUGGCUUGUCCCACUUCCUAGUACUUGGGAAAACUUGGAGAAUGUAGACAUUUAUAAAUGUAUUUAUUUUUGCAUUGCCUGUAUAAUGCGAUUAAAAAGAAGGUUGCAAUGGAGCAGUGGGCACUCCAGACACCAAAAUUACCACAGCCAGAUGUAGUUUUUAUGGUGUCUGGGACAAUGGAUUUCACACAACUAAGGAUAAAAGUAAUAUGUAUAUUGCAUCAGGAACUUUCCUUAAGCUGUAUCGCAAGUGGAGUCUGGACUGGAGGCACACAAAUAGGCCAGUGUUAAACUGGUAGAAAAUAAUCACUGUGGGAUGGUACCAAGAAUUUCCUGACCUCAAAGCUACUACUGAGUUGAGUUGCCUAAACUGCCCCUGUAAAAAGUUAACUGCUUUUGUAAUGUAAUCCUACAUGUUUAAUUGUCUCCUCCCUCCUUUUGUUUCAGGAUUUACAAACUAACUGCCCUCGUUACAGCAAAGGUUCUCAUAAUGAUCUGAGCUAUGUCACAAACCAUAACCAAGAUGGGAUUGUUAUGCGGAAAGGGGAGCAACUGGGAGAAUUCAACCUUGGUUCUACUAUUGUUCUAAUAUUUGAAGCACCAAAAGAUUUCACUUUUCGGCUAAAGCCUGGACAGAAAAUACACUUUGGAGAGGCAGUGGGCUCCAUGUGAAAUAUCAGUUAUACUUACAGGGAAUGUGAAUAUAUGCAGGAGUCGGUGAGACUCCCAGCAGCAGUAUGGUGCAGGUUAAGCCAUGUCCCACCUAUAUGUGCAGGGAAGGUGUGCAAAUUCAGGUCAUCAGCUAUGAUCACUGCCUCACACAGCAACCCCAUCCUCAUCACCUUAAGCACUUUGAGGGUUUCUAUUACUUUCCCUUGUCCAUGAGGUGUGGGUGAAUCAAUGCCAGCAACAAUGCGUGCAGGCUUCUUGGGGAAGCACUUAUUUUAAUAUCAUUUGGGUUCUUUUAUAACCUGCGAAAGUAUGCUCCUGCUUUCUUUCUAGAAUCAGUUGGUGAGAAAAACUGUACAUGGAAGCAAGAUAAAGAAUCAUUCAACCUCAGGGAAGUGCUAACCCCCUACGGCAGCUCACUGGUGAGGUGGCAAUGGCGUAGGCCGAUUGCACAGGAGGAUGGUUCGAGCUAAUGAAGCAAGUGGCUUCCUGAAGAAUAGCUUCAUUCCCUUGUGGGAAAGAAAUGAUUGUGGAGAUUACCGAAUCCUUCCUCCUGGCAUCCCCUGAGGUGUGACUCUGCCCGUGGGAGCUGUAGCACAUUACUUUUGUAUGUUUGAGAAGGUUAUGAAUUCGCUAACACAUUAACUCAUUUAAUAGCAUACAUUUUGAAAUAAAAAUAUAUAAUUAAAAAAAAAAGUGUUAUCGUUUGUAACAAUGUCUGUUAGCAGCAUGUGCACUAAUCCACAGUAAUCUAUAAAUGAGGGCAUAGCACCCUAAUUUCUUCAAUUCGUUUGAGAUAGGCCUGAACAUUCCUUCUCUCCAUUGCAAGAUGCUCUGUGCACACCUUAAUCUGCAGCUUCAACUGUUGGCAAAUAAAGAGAAGAGUAAUUAAAAAGUCAUGUAACACCACCGAUUUUUCUACCUGCUA